GCCUUGGUGCUAUUAAUAAACCAGGACGUUGUUCCUGGACAAACCAUGUUGAGUCACACUAGGUUCCCUGGCGGGUAACUGCCGACUGACGUUGAGCCUUCCAACCGUACACACAGGGCUGUCACACUAGGUUCCCUGGCGGGUAUCUGCCGAGUGACGUUAAGCCUUCCAACCGUACACACAGGGCUGUCACACUAGGUUCCCUGGCGGGUAACUGCCGACUGACGUUGAGCCUUCCAACCGUACACACAGGGCUGUCACACUAGGUUCCCUGGCGGGUAACUGCCGACUGACGUUGAGCCUUCCAACCGUACACACAGGGCUGUAGCAGGGGUGUUCGUUAAACAGACCCACAACAUGGAAGUUGCUCCUCAAACGCAUUAUGAAGAAAUCCAUUUUAUUGACAAGAAAGGCCCACAGAAAUGCCGACCCUGGUGUUCAUCUUCCAUGUGUUUUGUUGUGCUUAUUUUAUCGAUGUUUUUAAAUGGAGGAUUGGGUGCAUUUAUUGUCUACAAGAUGACACACAAAGAGCAUGCUGCGCCGUUUGCUCCAGGCGAGGUUAAGCGACCGGAUAUUGCUGACUCUGUCUGUGUGUCAUGUGACUCUCUAAACGUCCCUGACCUAGCAAGAUCACCAUUGGAGAAUCAGGUCAAGGUCGUUAUACUGGGUCAAGGUUCAUUUUGCUGUUUGGAGAAUACUGAGAGUCUCGGGAUGUAUAUGAAUAUUAUAGUCGGAGAAUAUUACCAUGACCUCAACGGUGACAACAGAGGUGGUGACCUUCCCAUCAACAAUGACAGACCGGCGGCGCAUCUGUAUCUUGAUACAAACAGCGUCACAGAUCAACAUCUACAGUGGGACUCCUCCCUUGGGUGUGGGACGGCACACGUGACUGGGAAUGUUACCUAUAGCAACGGACGUCUACAUGUGCCACGUGACGGCGUGUACUACAUCUACUCCUUCCUUACAAUACGUAAGACAUAGACACAGACAGCCACCUUCUCCUCAUGGGCAAGACGACAUUGAAGGAAAGACAUGGGCAGUUCACCAACAGUUUCUUGGCGGCAAAUUUGAAAUUGAAAAAGAAUGAUGAACUAUUUGUCAGCUUGUCAAACACGUCCUUGGUAUACACAUUUCCACCUGCUAAUUAUUUUGGUGUCCACAUGUUGUAAUAUCAGUUUAGAAAUGUGACCAAUAACAAGAUAUAACCGUCACAUCAAUAUGAAUAACUAUAAUUCAGGCUUCGUAUCAUGUUAACAGGGGUGGUCGGGUAGCCUCGUGGAUAAAGCGUUCGCUCGUCACGCCGAGGACCCGGGUUCGAUUCCCGACAUGGGUACAAUGCGUGAAGCCCAUUCUGAUGUCACCCGCCGAUAUAUUGCUGGAAUAUUGCUGAAGGUAGCGUAAACCAUACGCACUCACUCAUUUCAACUCUGAAGGAAGUCAUCGAGAUCUACUCAACGGCUAGAAGAUUGUAAAUGACACGUGACCAAUAUAUGAAGAUUGGAAUUCCCUGUCUACACCAGUACCAGUAUCAUACUACCGCUUAUUGCUCAUGUUAAGCUACUAAAGGCACGUUUUGAAAUGAAGCAGCGCUUGGAAUGAGCUUCAGUGGCUACCUUUAAAGUCGCAGUAGUGGUUAAUAGUCUAAGUUCCUGCAACUCACUCUCUAGAUUUACCUCCCUUAGCUGCCUAGGGACCUGCUGAUCUCGAUUAUAAUCCUCGACAUUCCUGUGUCACUCGUUGGUAUUCCUGUCGAGUGAAGCUUUGCAGAAAUACUCUUGAAAGCGUCUCAAUCAUUCUGGUGAUUAUCUUCGUUUGGUGAAUGACGGACCAUAUCUACAUUCCACUAUGAUACAAAAGUCAUACUUUGUUAUUUCAGUAUUGUAGUAUUACAUCUGAUAAAAGAACCACAGGACCAUAUCUACAUUCUCCGAUAAUACAAAAGUCAGACUUUGUUAUUUCAGUAUUGUAGUAUUUCAUCUGAUUGUAGAAACACAUAAUUAAGUCUCCAAAGCGACCUAUCAUUAUGGCACACGUUUAGUUGACGGGGAUUAUAACUGCGACCGACUCUCUUGCUCAGCUUCAAUGCUUGCUUUAACCAUUUUUGAGUUACUCGCUUUGUACAGUCAGUUCAUUGUUAUUGGGAAUGUAUUGUUGUGAUGUGCAAUCCCAACUGGGAAUAAAGAGUAUAAAUUCCAACGACAAUUGUCUAGUUUAUGUACAGGCCGCCGUCGCAUGACCGAGUGCUUUUGUUGCGUCAGGCAAGAAACAGACACAUACUUUUUAUGCCAAGUAUGUGCUACCUUCAAGACAGGACAUGCUUAACCAUUUCGCCAACACCAAGUGAUUUUCAUCGAUCCAUACACAUAAUAUCCAUCAGUGGUUUGCCUGUGACACCCACUGGUAUCGGUUUCGGCGGGGGUCUGGUUAUUCUCU